GACCGAUAUCUUUUACCUUUACGCAACAGACAGUCCCGAGCAAGGGUGGACGGUUUUUGUCGAAAACUAUCGUUAAGUCUAGAUAAUUUCGUAGAAAAAUGUUACGUCUCGUGGUAGGACGCAUCGGAUCCUCUGUAAGAAAUACUACGAUACCUCGUGCUACGAUUGUUGGCACUCAGUCUUAUAGAAAUUCACACGGUUCUACUGAAUCUGAUGAAGAAUUCGAUGCACGAUAUGAAAGUUUUUUCAGUCGUCCGGAUAUCGAUGGCUGGGAGACUCGAAAAGCAAUGAACGAUUUGGCUGGUAUGGACUUGGUUCCUGAACCCAGAAUUAUCUGUGCAGCAUUAAGAGCUUGUAGACGAAUAAAUGAUUAUGCAUUGGCUGUUAGGUUCUUAGAAUCUAUUAAAGACAAAUGCGGUCCAUAUGUCAACACUAUUUACCCAUACAUUCUUCAAGAGAUAAGGCCUACCUUAGAUGAAUUGGGUAUCAAUACUCCAGAAGAAUUAGGAUAUGACAAACCAGAAUUAGCCCUUGUAGCCCCAUAUCAAAUGUAAUUAAAAAUGUAUAAAUUUCCAUUUUAGUAUUUAUACAUGAAAGUGCAUCUUCAUCAAGAUUGUUGUUCACGAAAAGUUGAACUGUAUUGAAUAAAGUGUACUUUCAAUAGA